GCGUUGGGCGGCGCUCGCGGGCCUGACAUAGUACGGCGGGUUGCUAGAACGACCGAACAGGCAAACAGCUCUCACACACGCUGUCCACCCGCCUUCUACCAGCGGUAGGCCUACCUGCUGCCAUUGAUUCACUUUGUUCGGAGGGAAUACAAACCUAACCCGAGGAUAACCUACUGAUCGGAAUAAACUAAAACAAUCCCUUCCUCAUGAAAACAAAAUCAUGGGGAAUGGAUUCUCAGAACAACCCGGUUUCCUGCCCUCCGUCCCCUUCUUCCAGUCCUUUCACAUGGCCAUCCUGGGCCUGGACUCUGCCGGCAAAACCACCACGCUGUACCGGCUGCGCUUCAACGAGUUCGUCAACACCGUGCCCACCCGGGGCUUCAACGCCGAGAAGGUGAAGCUGUCCCUGGGGGGGCACCGUACCGCGGCCACCUUCCACUUCUGGGACGUGGGCGGCCAGGAGAAGCUGCGGCCGCUGUGGAAGUCGUACACUCGGGGCGCCGACGGCAUCGUGUUCGUGGUGGACUCGGUGGACGGCGAGCGGCUGGAGGAGGCCAAGACGGAGCUGCACCGCAUCGCCAAGACCAUGGAGAACCUGGGCGUGCCCGUGCUGGUGGUCGCCAACAAGCAGGACCUGAGGAACUCCCUGACGCUGGCCGAGAUGGAGCGGGGCCUGGCGCUGAAGGAGCUGGGGCCCGGCACGCCGUGGCACCUGCAGCCCGCCUGCGCCAUCACUGGGGACGGCCUGCGGGAGGGCAUGGAGAAGAUCCACGACAUGAUCCUGAAGCGCCGCAAGGCCCAGCAGCAGCUGCAGCAGCAGAGGAGGAAGAGGUGAUCCCGGAGUCACUUAUUGGGAAAGAAAAACAGGACUUUUAAAGGAAGAACCGAUCAUGUAUAUGUCUCUAAAGUAAAGCGUGAGAUAUGUUGAUCAAUGUGAAGGACCCGGGAUGUAUCCUUGCCUCGGCUGCGUGGAUCUGUUUCCGCUACAGUAUAUGUUGAACGUGCUGAGUUUUAUCAGUUCAGAUUUGAGCUCUACUACUUACCCCCGUCCCCCCCACACACACACACACCACCCUGAUCCCCAAUGCUGGGAUAGCUGCUGACCAGGAAAGUGACUCUUGAGGAAAACAGUUGGAUGAUGAUGAUGAGGAUGAUGAUGUUUUUGAAAAGGAAGGAUGUUGAAAUGUUCCAAGGGUUCGGAGCGUGAGGCUCCAGAGGUUGUAAGGGCCAGAGUGGUUGGGACGGAGAAAGAAUUUGCGGACGAUGUACGAAGGAUUAAUUGAAUGGCUAUUCUGAAAACGUGACCAAAAGUGAUGUAAAAGAUUCUUGAGAUGGGUGUAGAACAGUCAUGAAGAUGUGGACCUUGAUGCACCGAACAGGCAGAGGCAAGUGGCCAUUUUGUUCACCCCCCCCCCCCCCCCCCCCCCCCCUUGCUCCUGGCGAACAAACUGUGAACACUAGAGGAAUCCAAUAUCCCAAACACACCCCUUUCAAUGUGGAUCUUGUGUUACUUUUCUUUGUUUAAAAUCAUUGUAUAGUUUUUUUUUUUUGUUGUACUUUACUCUUUAUAAGUGUUGCAACAUGACAUUAGUUUACCUGCUGCCGCAAUACAUUGUUUACCUUGUCCAAUUGUCAAAAAGCACUUUACACUAUCCCAUAGUGUUUCACUGUUUAAAAAAAAAACGAGCAUUUCAUGUCAGAGUUUAACAUUCAGGCUUGUAGGCUCCUGCGAGAUGCUAGUGUGUAUAGUUGGAUCUUCAUUGGCCACACUGCCAUCAGGUAGAUUAAUUUAUGCAUCAUCUUUUCUGAAAUAAAAUCUAUUAAGAGCAAUCUCCCUAACGGUGUGAUAUUACUUUUAAGGCUCUCUUGGUAUAAAGUAGCAGGUGCCGUCAAGUACUUUGGUGACCAACGCAGCUUGAAAGAAUUCAGAUUUAUCUGCUAAAGUCCAAAAUGGGAAAAUUAGAUUUUUCCAAGGCCUAGAUGGAAUCAAGUAAUUUGUUCAAUUCAGUCGUCAUUCAUUCAUCACUGAUUUAACCGACCAGCUGUUCUGCUGUGAGUGCUAUAUUUAGAGCGUGGAGACUGAUGCAAGUUAGUGAAAUGUUUACUGAAAAGCUCAGGGAACCAGGAUGGGGUUAUGAUGAACCAUUCCUUAAAAUCAAAUCUUAACCUUCUUCAUAGAAAAUCUCUUGCCAACACGUUAUUUUAAUUUGUUAGAAUUUAUCACGGUUUGAUUAAAUACCCUGACAUGCACUAGUGACUGUAAUGUAUAGCCUACUGUAGCACUGCAUGAAGAAGCUAAUGGCUAGUUACUCAGUCCUCCAAGAUGUGUGAAGACACUGGCAGGAUAGAGGGUAUAUUGUGUAUUUCUUUAGCAAGGUGAACGAGUAUUUAGUACUUGUUAGCGAUCAGUCUCUCUUUCUCCAUCUCCCUAUCUCUCUUCUCACUCUCUAUCCAUCUCUCCCUCUCCAUCUC